AGCUGCCCGAGGCGGCUCAGUUCUACGGACGAGGUCCCUCCGUGUCUGUCGUCCCUGUUGUAACUCCGUAGCUUUCCGGCCAGAAAAGGAAAACUUCCUAAUUUACUCUAUUUGGUGAUCCAGUUGUCUGACACCACUGCGCAGAAGAAGCGGGCAUUUAAAGUGACAGAGCAGGCGAAGUGGUCUUCACAACGCACUCGCGAAACAGACACGUUACCUUCUGAACAAGAUGGGAACUUAUUUACCGCAACACAGAAAACUUUGGAUAUGUUGUGUGGUUUUAUUUGCUGCGUUGGAUGUUUGGGUUGCAGGCUCUAACAUCUGCACAACCAGAGGCGUCAGCACGUGUAAGCAGUGCCUGGCGGUCCAUCCCAGCUGUGCGUGGUGCUUCCAGGAGGAUUUCGGCAAGGGGACGGCUGGCUCAUCCCGCUGUGACCUGAAGGAGAACCUGCUGGCAACAGGGUGCUCAGCUAAGGCACUGGAGUUCCCCUCCAGCAGUUUGGACGUGACAGAGGACAGGCCUCUCAGUGACAAGGGCUCAGGGGCGGCCACCGAUGUCACACAGAUCCAGCCGCAGAAAUUGCACGUCACCCUGAGACCAGACGAUUCCAAGCGCUUCACGGUGAAGGUGCGGCAGGUGGAGGACUACCCCGUCGACCUGUACUACCUGAUGGAUCUCUCCUACUCCAUGAAGGACGACCUGUUCCGGCUGCGCACGCUGGGCAACGGCCUGGCUGAGGCCAUGGGCCGCACCACCAGCAACCUGCGCAUGGGCUUCGGGGCCUUCGUGGACAAGCCCCUCUCCCCCUACAUGUACAUCUCCCCGCCGGAGGCCGUGGCCAACCCCUGCUACGGGAUCCAGACGACCUGCCUGCCUCAGUUUGGGUACAAGCACGUGCUGUCCCUGACGGAGCAGGUGUCCCGCUUCACAGAGGAGGUGAAGAAGCAGAGUGUGUCGCGCAACAGGGACGCGCCCGAAGGGGGAUUCGAUGCCAUCAUCCAGGCGGCUGUCUGCAAGGAGAAGAUUGGUUGGCGGCCAGGCGCUUCUCACCUGCUGGUGUUCACCACUGAUGCCAAGACACACGUGGCAUUGGACGGGCGUCUGGCGGGCAUUGUGCAACCCAAUGAUGGAAAGUGUCAUGUGGGCGCAGACAAUAACUAUGACAUGUCUACUACAUUGGAUUAUCCCUCCCUGGCCCUCAUAACAGAGAAGAUGUCAGAGAACAACAUUAACCUGAUCUUUGCUGUGACCAAUCACGUGGUUCCUCUCUACCAGAACUACAGCGAGCUGAUUCCAGGAACCACGGUGGGGACGCUUUCGGACGACUCGGGCAACGUGAUCCAGCUCAUUUUGGACGCGUACGCAAAAAUCCGCUCCAAGGUGGAGCUGGAGCUGCUGGGAGUUCCAGAGGAGCUGUCCCUGUCCUUCAAUGCCACCUGCCUCAACGGAGAGGUCAUCCCCGGACUCAGAUCCUGCUCCGGCCUCAAGAUUGGAGACACUGUGUCAUUCAGUGUAGAGGCACGGGCACGGGGCUGCCCCAAGGAGAAGCGCAAGACCUUCACCCUCAAGCCGGUGGGCUUCAAGGACGCGCUGGAGAUCACGGUGGAUUUCGAGUGUGAGUGCAACUGCCAAGCCCAGGCUCAGCUGAACAGCCCCGUCUGUAACCAGGGCAACGGCACCUACGAGUGCGGCAUCUGCCUGUGUCACACGGGGCGCCUGGGCCCUCGCUGCGAGUGCGCCGAGGGGGACUACAGCCCCACCGAGCAGGACAACUGCAGCCCCGCCCCCAAUGCUGCCGUCUGCAGCGGGCGCGGCGACUGCAUCUGCGGCCAGUGCGUCUGCCACAGCAGCGACUUCGGCAAGGUGUGGGGCAAGCUGUGCGAGUGCGACGACUUCAACUGCCUGCGCUACAAGGGGGAGCUGUGCUCAGGUCAUGGGACGUGCUCCUGUGGGUUCUGUCAGUGUGACUCGGACUGGAAGGGGGACAACUGCAACUGCUCCACGCGCACUGACACCUGCAUGUCCAGCCUGGGCCUGCUGUGCAGUGGGCGGGGCCAGUGCGUCUGUGGCAGCUGUGAGUGCACGCAGCCAGGCGCCUACGGGGCCACCUGCGACAAGUGUCCCACCUGCCCCGACGCCUGCACCAUCAAGAAGGAGUGUGUGGAGUGUAAGCACUUCAAGAGAGGGAAGCUCUUUGAGGAUAAGACCUGCGCCCGGAUCUGCAGGGAUGAGAUCCAGCUGGUGGAUGAACUGGUCUUCCAUGACAAGAAUGCUGUGAACUGCACCUACAAGGAUGAGGACGACUGCGUGGAGCGCUUCCAGUACUACGAAGACGCCAGCGGGAAGUCCAUCCUCUAUGUGGUCAAGGAGCCAGACUGCCCAAAAGGGCCAGACAUCCUGGUGGUGCUGCUGUCCGUGGCGGGGGCCAUCCUCUUCCUCGGCCUGGCCGCGUUGCUCAUCUGGAAGCUGCUGGUCACCAUCCACGACCGCCGUGAGUUCGCCAAGUUCGAAGAGGAGCGCACCCGGGCCAAGUGGGACACGGGCAACAACCCGCUAUACAAAGGAGCCACCUCUACCUUCACUAAUGUGACGUAUCGCGGCAACACGGAGUGAAAUGGACCUCACCCAAUUGGGACAAGCAAAACUCAGGGGUCUAUGAACGUGGAAUCAGUGUUGGGGUUGAAGGGAUGGAGGGAGGGGGGAAUCCAUACAGAAUUUGGGCCAUUCCAUUUCCUAGAGGGAAUUUUAAAAGUAUCUUUUUAUAUGUAGAUUCUACGAUCACAGAAAAAUUAUAUAUCAGAUAUGUUCUUUUGGGAUGUAAAUAUGUAUAAACAUUUAAAAGAAGGAAAUUUUGCAUACAGUUCAAUCAUAGAGAUAGGUCUAUGCAAGAGUGAGCUGCCCCUCUCUUUUUCAUUAAAAAUUCAAUGUGGUCCCCCCCAUAUAUCGGGUGUAUAGGCAUACUGCUGAUUCAUCUAGUUUGGAGGUGGGGUAGGUUCCUCUUCUUCUUGGAUGUCAAACGCUAUCUUGUUCACCACUGGUCUCAGGGAAGCCUGAACAGGACAGUACUGUUAAUCAAAAAAAGUGGGUAAUAUUUUGAUUAAAUGCACUGAGCUGUUGUAACAUUACAUGGUGAGGUGAGGAUGUAGACAAGCAAAUCAAUGGGGGGGUUCGGGGGGGUCGUCCGUUGCCCAAAAUCAGGGAGACUAACGUAAACUGUUACAAGACAGGACGCAGAGCCUUCUCCAUAAACAGAGCUCUGCUUGAGCAGAGGGGUCUGUCACAAUGACAACCACCAUAGGUCACCAGAUAACUGCAUGUUCAGCAUCACUGGCGACGGCACUCAUAACUGGACCGUCAGCUACGCUUUCACAUGGAAAUCCAGGGAUGUUGUGGCUCAGAGAUUAGUCACCCAGUUUGCACACUGUAAAUGAACUGUGUGCUUGCUUCCUGCAGAACACUCCUCAGAUAAGGAAGGCUCAGUGGAGGCAAGAUCCAUGUAAUAACUGUGCUCUCAGGCAUGUAAGUGAGAGCUUGCCGAAGAAAGUAUUCACUUUUUCAACAUUCUGGAAAUGCUGUUCACUGAACUUUUUUACAUAUUUAAUAUUUUAAUUCUUUGCCUGUGUGCAUUCAGUUCCUUUUGUGGAGUCUUAUUUAUUCUUGAACUCAGGCUGCACUGGACUCUCCUCAGGCCUCUCAGUGAGUAAUGGAGUCUUAAAUGAUGUCACUGAUAAAUGACUAGAAUAUAAUCUGUGCCUGUUAACCACCUAUUUCAUAGAUCAACAUGGGGUAUGGAUACACUCCACACCUAUUGUGUGUCUAAAACAAUUAUUUGGAUUUCUGCAUGUUGCAGGCUUUUGCAGGAUGAAUUUAUAUUGUUAGUACAGCAGAGGCUUGUAGACCUCCACCCGCAUGUUAAUGCCUCUUCUUUAAAUAAAAUGAUUGCAUAUAUUUAUAUUGAUUAGUAUAGUGCACUUGGUAAUCACAACUGAACAUGUAUCCCACUAAGUAUUUUUUCAAAACCAUGCAUUCCAGACAUAUAGCAACCACUGCCUAAAUGAUUACAUUUUUUAUCACUUAUGAGUACUGUUUUACCAUUGCACUAGUGUUUCCUGAGAUUGAUAUGAAUAUGCUAGCCCCGUCCAGGUACUGAUAGGCCACUGUUUACAUGCCAUGUUCCAACCUGGGCACACAACUAGAGCGUGGCCUUGCCUGAGCUAGCAUGCAAUGUUCACACAAAAUGCAUUAAAAUCACAGUCACAGUGUCAAGCAGUCAUUCCCCUGCAUUGUGAAAAUUAAAAGCAGUUAAAAGCAAAGUUAAAAGCAGUGAUAUGUUUACUUCAUUUAGUCUCUCUUCGUAAUUGAGAGUUAGGAAAUGGAAGAGAGCAAACCUCCAAGACUUUGGGUUUCACGUUGGAUUGGGGGGGGGUAAAAAAAACUGAUAUUCAGUGGUUCAUUGUACUCUGAGGGGACAUCUGUCACAGGAAAAUGAAGCUCUGAAUCCAGCACUGAAGUGUCCCAAUUUAUAUUCUGAUGUUCUCUUCCUUGCUUUUCUUCUACUGUAUGAAACAAAUAAGGUUUUGAGACUGAGCAAGUGUGAAGCUUCCCUCCUUGUCUGUUGUGCCAUUUGAUACUUAAUACACAUCCAAGAACAUUUUGUGCAGUUUUGUUUACAUUCAAUUUACCCAAACCAGAAUGGAUUCAAAAUAAAAACCUUGAAUUAACGCCCAA